CAGACCAAGACCAGACGUCCUCGGUGCCUGGGCUCACGGGUGCCUGCAUCAUGAGAAACAGAAAUCUACUGCUGCCAGGACUCUUGAUGCUGCUGCUGUUGACAUUGGGAGCUGCAGCCCAGAACAGUAGAGACACCAACAUGUGUGAACAACCUUUGAGAAGGUCCUGUGCAGCCUACGCUGACUGCCAGGGCAUGGAUGGCAGGUACUGCAUGUGUGGCCCGGGACAGGAGCUCAUUUCUGAGACAGCAUUCAGGAAUGAGAGUGAGAAUAUGUGUCAAGGGAUCUUAGUGCUGCUACUGUUGACACUGGGACCUGUACGGAAACUGAAAGCCUCUGCCCCCAUAGACUGUGCUCAGUGGUGCCCUCCGAAAUCCACAUGUGUUAAUGCCACAGCCUGUCGUUGCUCCCCAGGAUUCAGUUCUUCGUCCGGAGAGAUCUUCACCAGCCUGUUGGAGAGUUGUGAUGACAUCAAUGAGUGUGGACCACCCUUGGCAGUGUCCUGUGGAAAAUUUGCAGACUGCUGGAACACAGAGGGCAGCUACUACUGUACAUGCAGCCCAGGAUACAAGCUUGCUUCUGGGGCAAGAACAUUCAGGGAUGAGAGUGAGAACACGUGUCAAGUUCACAAUCCUGAGAGCAGACCAGAUGACCAGGACCCAGGAGGAUGUUGUGUGGUGUCUACACAGAGUAACACGGACCCACCCCCAUACACACACAGAGAAUUGGGUGAUGAGAAGCAGCUCCUGUCUAGACCAGAUAGCAAUGGAAGAUAUCAUCGGGGACCAGCAAGCAUCUUUUUUCCCACCUGGACCCCACCCCGUGGAAUCAAGAGCCAGAGACUCUCCCACUUCUUUGAAAGAGUUCAAGAUCUGGGCAGAAAUUUCAUACCAGCCUUUGUCCAGGACACUAUCCAGGACCUUGUACAGGGUGUGGAUGAGCUGCUGGAGACCCCUGAGGACCUGGAGGCCCUGCCCCACUCAGAGCAGCACUCUGUGGCCACUAACCUGCUCGUUGGCCUGGAGCAUGUCUUGAGAAACCUGAGCCAGGCCCUGCCCAAUGGGACAUUGACCUUCAAUGCAUCUGCAGGCACAAACCUGUCCCUGAAGGUGCGGGAGCAAGGAGAUAGAAAUGUCAUCUUGAAUCAGAAUCAGGUGAAGAUGCUGCUGAACUGGGAUGUAGUGCACGAAUCUGAUGACUCAGGUCUUUCUGUGGUGGGCCUUGUCUCCACUCCAGGGAUGGGCAAGUUGCUGGCUGAGGCCCCCUUGGUCCUGGAGCCUGAGAGGCAGGCAGUUCUGCAUGGGACACACAAGGGCGUGCUGCGAGGAGUCUCCCCUGUCCUGCUUUCAGAUGUCAUCUCUGCCUUUAUGAGCAACAGGGACACCCAGAACCUCAGCUCCCCCAUCACCUUCAUCUUCUCCCACCAUUCAGUGACCCGUGGGCCAAUGCAAAAGGUGUUCUGUGUCUUCUGGGAUCACACUCCAGAUGGAUAUGGUCAUUGGUCCACCACAGGCUGCAGGUUGGUGGCCACUGGAGACACCAGCACCACCUGCCAGUGCACCCACCUCAGCAGCUUUGCAGUCCUCAUGGCCCACUAUGAUGUGCAGGAGGAGGAUCCCGUGCUGGCUGUGAUCACCUACCUGGGGCUGGGCCUCUCUCUGCUGUGCCUCCUCCUGGCAGCCCUCACCUUUCUGCUGUGCAAAACCAUCCAGAACACCAGCACCUCACUCCACCUGCAGCUCUCAAUCUGCCUCUUCCUGGCCCACCUGCUCUUCCUCACGGCCAUCAACCAGACCGAGAUCAAGGUGCUGUGCGCCAUCAUUGCAGGUGCCCUACACUAUCUCUACCUGGCGUCCUUCACCUGGAUGCUGCUGGAGGGUCUGCACCUCUUCCUCACUGCACGCAACCUGAUGGUGGUCAACUACUCCAGUGUGAGCAGGGUCAUGAAGAAGCUCAUGUCCCCUGUGGGCUAUGGAGUCCCAGCUAUAAUUGUGGCCAUUUCUGCUGCAUCCAGGCCUCACCUUUAUGGAACACCCACCCGAUGCUGGCUCCACACAGACAAAGGAUUCAUAUGGACCUUUCUUGGCCCCGUCUGCACCAUUUUCUCCAUUAAUUUGGCUUUCUUUCUGAUGACCUUCUGGAUUGUGAAAAACAAGCUCUCCUCCGUCAGCAGAGAUGUGUCCACCCUCCAGAACACAAGGAUGCUGACAUUUAAAGCCACAGCUCAGCUGCUCAUCUUGGGCUGCACGUGGUGCCUGGGCAUCCUGCAGGUGGGUCCAGCUGCCCAUGUCAUGGCUUACCUCUUCACCGUCAUCAACAGCCUGCAGGGCUUCUUCAUCUUCCUGGUGUACUGCCUCCUCAGCCCACAGGUCCGGGAACAAUACAAGAAAUGGUUCAAAGGAGUCAGGAAAACCAAAGCCGAGGCUGAGAAGUGCACUCUCUCAAGCGGGACCAUGUCUGAUGCCUCCAAACACAGUGUGGAGAAUUAUAAUGAAGAGCUAAACCUGACGAACUUGUCUCUAAGGAAAUGAAGAAAACACUCUCUGCCAUCCUUUGGGCAAAGAAUAUAAAAAAUGCUUUUUCAUGUUUAUUACAAAUAACUCUUCUUGGCACCACUGUGGGAGACAGUAAGCAGUAAAUGUUUGACAUUCA